AUGUCAGUCGGCGGGCCUUGUCUUUGGUUGCCCUCUCUAUCUUCGCCAGUCCCUUCGCCCCUGUCAGCAGUCUCUUCUCAUCUGUCCUCAGCCCGAAAUAGUGAUCGAUUCUCUUUGGGAUCUCGGACUAUAUCACCCCGGCUGCCUGUGCAGAAGAAAGAGGAGCCCGGUGUUCCUGUUUCUACUCCUCGGUCUGCUGAGAUGCAAUCGACGGAGUACAAGGUGAAGGACGACUUGCCUCACGGGAAAGCACAACCUUCUGUAGCUGGGUCGGGCCCGUUUUCGAGCGAAACCUCAUCGCGGGAUCCCGUCAAUCGCAGGUUGGAGGCAGCGAAGCAAGAUAUGUUGCCACGCGUCAAGUUGCAGAUUCCCAGUUUAGACCAGCGGGUCUUUUCAACUACUCAGCCCCUGGUCGGGCAUGGUGGUCACUCUGAAGAGACGGGUGUUUCAUCUUUUGCGGGUUCCCACGAUCCGAGAGACGAUCAUGGACCCGAGUCAACAGUUAGCCCCGAUGACGACAAGGAUAUGAUGGGAAGCGACGAUAACAAUAGAUCGCCGUCGAUGGAAAAAAAGAAAAUGAGACGAUUCCGCCUAACACAUAACCAAACCCGAUUUUUGAUGAGCGAGUUCACUCGCCAGGCACACCCUGAUGCUGCUCAUAGAGAGCGUCUAUCCAAGGAAAUUCCUGGGUUGACACCUCGUCAGGUCCAAGUCUGGUUCCAAAACAGGCGAGCCAAGCUCAAGCGUCUGACUACAAAUGAUCGUGAGAGAAUGCUCAAGUCGCGGGCCCUUCCUGACGAUUUCGAUACCACCAAAGUCCUCCGCACACCGUUUGAAGGCAAGUCAACGGGUGUCACGCCAGUGGCCUCCCCCCAAGGAUACACAACCCCGAACCCGGACUUUGGGGCAUUGAGGACACUACGCACAGAAAGAUUCCCUCGGUCAAAUGAAGACGAAUAUCUCGUUUCACCCCUCAGCUCGGCAACUUCGGGUCCUUACAUGUCGUCCGGACAGGGCCAGAUGUUCCGCCCUGCUGCAUCUGCUUCCGCCUCCGAUUUACAUCGAAGCCUACGCAGCGAUUACUCAAUUACCAGAUCAAGCAGUCUAUCCGAUGCAUCAGCCCACCCUUCGCCGUACGCGGGGUACGGGAUGCCUAAUCGGUUUGCCCCAAACCAACCAGGCAUGCCUUAUAUGGGUCGACCAAUGGAGUAUGCCGUGCCCCGACACCCAGGUGGUAUGGGAUAUGAUCAGCAUCAAUCCUUCGAGGGCUCCGUUUCACCAACGGACUCUCAUAUGGCCUACGAUAUGAACACUCUAGGCUCUCAACAACCAAACUAUAACCUUGGAUUGGCAUCCCAACUACCCCAAGCCCGAUCCCUGGCCAUGCAGAAUCUGCCCAUUUCCGCAGCGCCAGACUACCGGCAGUACGCCUACGAUACCACCGCAGCCCCAAUGGGCACAAUCCCCUAUACACAAGCCAAUCCCUCCAAUCUGAGUCUCCCAACCUCCUUUGGCACCGACUCUGCCAAAUUCGGCAACCCGCCUUACAACUACGCCAAUUACAUUCAGCAGUGA